AUGCGAGCCCGAGUCAUCGGCGGCCUCGCGGCCUUGGGCGUUGCCCUGGCCUCAACCUGCCCUAUCCUCACGCAGACCGUCUACAUCCCCGUCGUUGCCCAGCCCACUUCUCUUCCUCCUACUACCAUCACCAUUGACGCCUACACCCCUCCUGCUGGCGGCUCUCAGUACACAGGCCCCAAGCCCUGGGAGUCUGGCCCCAUCAUCACGUCCACUGUCUACAUCGCUCCCACUCCCGACUCCUCAAUCGCCAGCAUCCCCGGCAACGUUGAUGGCAAUCCUCCUGCAACCACCCUCCCUGGCGGCCAACUUACCCCCGGCGCUCCAGGAGGCAGUGGUCAAGGAACAACGACAGUCUACACGUUCCCUGCUGGACAGACUCCUCCUUCUUUCCCCUGGAACCCAACGGACCCUGGCACCAACUCUGAUGGCGUCGUUGUCUUCAGCACCACUCUGUACAACACCAGACCUGGAUCAGGAGGCACUCCAACUGUCGACACUCUCGUUACUUGUUUCACCGUCACCUUUCCCUCUGCGACGGACUCUGGCAAUACCCCUGGGGCUCCCGUUGGCGGUGGCUCUGUUAGCACCGUUGUCGUUCCCACAAUGGUCCCAGGCCCUGAUGGCAGUCUCUCCUACUCUCUUCAGACGCUUCUUUCUUCAUUCCCUCCGGGCGUUGGCAAUGGUGUUCCACCUGCUACCGUCGUUACCACCACCUACACUAUGCCGGCAGGUGCUCAGGACCCCACGGCAGGCACUCCUGUUAUCGCCACUCUCACUCUCACAUUCCCUCAACCUCCUGCGACUGGCGGCUUACAGCCUCCGGCAUCUCCUGGCGUUCCUGGCUCUGCCCCGUCUGGCCCUGCUACCGUCACUGUCAUUCAGCCUCCUGGCGUUCCUGGCCCUGCCCCGUCUGACCCUGCCACCGUCACUGUCAUUCAACCUCCUGGCAUUCCUGGUUCUUCCCCAUCUGGCCCUGCCACGAUCACUGUCAUCCAGCCGAACCCCUCGUCUCCUGGCAUUUCCGGACCAGCUGUUCCUGUCGGCCCUUCCACUAUCACCGUCAUUCAGCCCAGCGCCUCUUCUCCAUCUGGCUCAAUUGUCACCGUCUUCAUGACCUCUGACACCCCUCCUGCCGGGGGUGUUCCGGGCGGCCCUGGUUCCAUCUUGAGUCAGACUGUCUCUCCGAGCGACUCCAUUCCUGGUGGCUAUGGCGACUCCUCUCCUUCAGCUGGCGUUCCUUCUGCGAUCACAACAACCCUUUCAGCUGGCUCAGAUGCUGGCUCCGGCUCUCAGGAUCCCGCUGGCGCAGCACCUGUGACGGUCACUGUUCCUGCUGGCUCUGCUCCCGGCAGCAUUCUUGGAGGAUACAGCGACCCAGGGCAAGUAACUGCUUCUCCAGGUCCUCUCGGCUCUCCCUCUGUGGUCACAUUGUGGCCCACUGCCCAGACCGAUGCGGCCGCACCUGCUGCUCCAACUGACGCUGCCACUGCCGUUGGCUCUGCUCAGCCUGGCGCAGCGAGCACCAGCUCUUGCACAUCAACUCUCACACCGCAGCCGACCCCGACGGCAGUCAGCUCCAUGGAACCCAUCUCGGCAAAACCCAGCCCACCGGUUCCAAGCUCGACAGAGACGAGCUCUUCUCUGCUCACAAGCACACUGGUCAACGUCAUUUCGGAAGCCACAACCACCUACUCUUUCCCAUUCGAGUCCCUGGUCACUUCCAUCUCGGUCAUCACUGUGAGCCCGGCAGACCCCGGCAACGCCGCGGGUGGCAGCCCUCCCAGCGCCAGUACCAGCGCCAGUACGAGUGCCAGUGCCAGUGCCAGCGCCAGCGUCAUUGUGAGUGCAAGCACCAUUGCCAGCACCGUGGUUGCCAGCGCCGGCGGCAACGUCCAGAGCUCGCUGGUUCUCAGCACCCUGGUCCAGGUAAUUACGACCACGCCAACCCCCACGGCAGGAGCUGCCCUCGAGCGUCGUGCCUUCCAGAAGCGCCAGAACGCAACUGCCCCCAUUUCGGCGGCGACCCCCAUGUGCACGGGUACCACAGAGGUUGGGACGCUGUCAUUGGACUUUGAUGACCUCUCGGUUGGCCCCGUCUACAACCCCUACCACCGCUUCUGGUUCUCGAAGGGGUUCCUCGUCGGUCCUCCCCCAUCGGACCCGUACCUGCCCUCCUCUGGCGGCCGCCUCGUCGAGUUCGUGCCUCCCAUGCUCUCCAACACCACUGGAUUCUCCGGAGACACCGCUCAGAUUGGCAUGGGCAAGACGGCAUCAUCUCCGUGCUUCCAAUUCGACUUCUACGGCAUCAAUCUCGGCUGCGACUCUCGCAUCGCCGGCCAGCUCUGUGAGUUCACGUUCACGGGCUACCAGUGGAACGCUACACAGAGCAACGAGACGGAGUUCGCCAGCCAGACUGCCUGGGUGCCUUCCUGCCCUGCGAUGAAGGAGUGCCCUCUCACCGUUUUCAAGGCCACUGGCUUCUCUGGUCUGAGCUCCAUCACCGUCACACUUCGCGUGGAUGGCCAGCCUCGCACCUGGUGGGCCGACGACCUUCUUGUCGGCUGGAGCAAGAACGACUGCGAGUCCGCUGCCUGUCGCCAGCAGACUGGAGUGGACGCUGUCACCAUCGACAAUGGCCCGGUCUGGUACUGGACGUCGCUGGGCAUGAGGCUUUUGAAGCCGUCUCGGGUCAGCAAGCACCUUUGA